AGCCCUCGAAAUGUACAAGUACGCAACUUGCAUUUUCUCCAUUUUCGCUUUAUGGAACUUUUGGGGCGUCAGUGCCAAAAAGCAGGAUACUUCCACAGGAACAAAUGAAUUGCCAAAAGCACCAAUGCCGUAUUAUACAAUCGAGAAUAUUGAUAUGCACCAGCAGCACUGGUUUACCUACAAUUCGCUAAGACAAAAUGGAACUUUGUGGAGAAUUGGUAAUAUGGAGCAACGCUUAGAAAUGCGAUUGCAGUCCUUUCAAAACCAGAUGGAAACUAAACUUCGGGCUCUAAAGCAACAAAUUGAACCCUACAUGGAAAACGUUAAAAUGUCCAACAAAAUCAAAAUGUCCGUAUUCAAGAAGAUUGGCUCCCGGCACUUUUACUUAGAAAAGCAAAAGAAGAUGCCCUGGGAUAGCGCAUACGACACGUGUCGUCAAAUGGGCGGUCACCUGGCGAAUAUCCUCGAUGAGAAGGAGCUGAAUGAAAUAUUCUCAGAGGAAACCAAAAAAAAGUACUGGGUAGAUAUCAACAGCCGUGCCAACGAUGGAGCGUCCUGGAUUUCUACACUAUCCGGAAGGGAUGUACCAUUUCUGAAAUGGAAGCCAAAUCUGGCCACAAAUAUACAUAACCAUUGCGUGUAUAUCAAUUCCAAUGAAAUGUACUUUGAAAAUUGUGCCAAUGAUAACUAUUUUGCUUGCCAAGCCGAGCAAUGGGCCUGAAUAUCGAGCAUUGAUUUUUAGAACUAUUUUAAACUUUAAAUGUGACUUUGAUAAUAAAGGUUUAAAAAUUG